GCCGCCGCCGCCGCCGCCGCCGCUUUGUUGUCGCCUCCUCCGGCUGAGGAGGCUCCCCGAGCGGGGGGAGUGGGGAGGAGGGGGGUCGGCCGCCGCAGCCAUGGAGGCCAACUGGACCGCGUUCCUGUUCCAGGCCCAUGAAGCCUCCCAUCACCAACAGCAGGCAGCACAGAACAGCUUGCUGCCUCUCCUGAGCUCUGCUGUGGAGCCCCCUGAUCAGAAACCAUUGCUUCCAAUACCAAUAACUCAGAAACCUCAGGCUGCACCAGAAACAUUAAAAGAUGCCAUUGGGAUUAAAAAAGAAAAACCCAAAACUUCAUUUGUGUGCACUUACUGCAGUAAAGCUUUCAGGGACAGCUAUCACCUGCGGCGCCACGAGUCCUGCCACGUUGGACCUGCUUGGAUCAAGUUGGUGUCCCGGCCAAAGAAAACCCCCACCACGGUGGUUCCCCUGAUCUCCACCAUCGCUGGGGACAGCAGCCGAACUUCGCUGGUCUCAACCAUUGCAGGCAUCUUAUCGACAGUCACUACAUCUUCCUCGGGCACCAACCCCAGUAGCAGUGCCAGCACCACAGCUAUGCCUGUGACCCAGUCUGUCAAGAAACCCAGUAAGCCCGUCAAGAAGAACCAUGCUUGUGAGAUGUGUGGAAAGGCCUUGCGAGAUGUGUACCACCUCAAUCGGCACAAGCUCUCCCACUCGGACGAAAAGCCCUUUGAGUGUCCUACAUGUAAUCAGCGCUUCAAGAGGAAGGAUCGGAUGACUUACCAUGUGAGGUCUCACGAAGGAGGCAUCACCAAACCCUACACUUGCAGUGUUUGUGGGAAAGGCUUCUCAAGGCCUGACCACUUAAGCUGUCACGUAAAACAUGUCCAUUCAACAGAAAGACCCUUCAAAUGCCAAACGUGCACUGCUGCCUUUGCCACCAAAGACAGACUGCGGACACACAUGGUGCACCAUGAAGGCAAGGUAUCAUGUAACAUCUGUGGGAAGCUCCUGAGUGCAGCAUACAUCACCAGCCACUUAAAGACACAUGGGCAGAGCCAAAGUAUCAACUGCAAUACAUGCAAACAAGGCAUCAGUAAAGCAUGCAUGAGUGAAGAGACCAGCAGCCAGAAGCAGCAGCAGCAGCAGCAGCAACAGCAGCAGCAGCAACAGCAGCAACAUGUGACGAGCUGGCCAGGGAAGCAGGUGGAGACACUGAGGCUGUGGGAAGAAGCUGUCAAAGCAAGGAAAAAAGAACCUGCUAACCUGUGCCAAACCUCCACGGCUGCUACGACACCUGUGACCCUCACUACUCCAUUCAAUAUAACAUCCUCUGUGUCAUCUGGGACUAUGUCAAACCCAGUCACAGUAGCAGCUGCAAUGAGCAUGAGAAGUCCAGUAAAUGUUUCAAGUGCAGUUAACAUAACCAGCCCAAUGAACAUCGGGCAUCCUGUAACUAUAACCAGUCCAUUAUCCAUGACCUCUCCUUUAACGCUCACCACCCCAGUCAACCUCCCCACCCCCGUCACUGCCCCAGUGAAUAUAGCACAUCCUGUCACAAUCACAUCUCCAAUGAACCUGCCCACACCCAUGACCUUAGCCGCCCCUCUCAAUAUAGCAAUGAGGCCUGUAGAGAGCAUGCCUUUCUUGCCCCAAGCUUUGCCUACAUCACCGCUUUGGUAAACAGUAUUAUAAAGUCAAAAUAUGGGUUAAAGUAAAUAUUUACCAGCAACCUGCUCUUAGUUGAUUAAAGCAAAAAGUAAACCAUGAAAUUGGAAGGUUUUAUUCCAUUAGUUAAUAAGAGUGUAGUAGCAUUAUUUUCCAAUUUGGCUGGGAUUGUUCAAAGUAGGGUGUAUAUGUAACUUAUCACUGGACCACUUUAGUUUCAUCAGAAAUUCCUUUUAGCUGACAGCAUUGCUUAAACAGAUAAUUAGUUGGCAAGACGAAAUGCCAGAAUUAAAACCAGUCAUAAAAAGGCAAAACCCACUUUAAAAUAAAACAGCAUUACUGUUUCUAAUCCCAAGAAAUCAUUUUAUUCUAAACACUAGCAGAGCUCUUCUCCCUAUACAAAGUGGAUGGCUGAUUUUAACCUGAAAUUCUAAAUCCACAGAUCGAGAGCUAGUGUAGAAUUGUCUUUGUCUAUUGUUUUUAUAAGUAAAUACAUGCAUUGUCAUAAUAAAAUGCAUUUCAGAGAAUAUGCAUUUUACCUUUGGGAAUAUGUUAAUUUCAGGCAGCAUUCCCUAUGGUAAAGGUGAUACCAGCUCUGAUAUGCAAAGCAUAUGAUAAUUUAUCAUUCUAACUUCAACAUAUAAUAGGGAUUGUGACCUGAUAUUUGGAGAUGUAAAUAUUACUCAGCAUAUUAAUCCUGAUGGAAUAUAGCACUGUAGUUGACUUUUUAAAAAAUUUUAAAAAACAAAAAAUAAAAUAUACAAAUUGUGUUUUGGUAAAAAAAAAAAAAGAAAAAGAAAAAGAAAAAAUAAAGCCGCAGCUGACAAAGGAGAAGUCAAGUUUGCAGACAGGCAGGCUCCUAAAAAUUGGAGGCCAGUGAGAUUCCUGUUGAGGAGCCAAGGAGUACUUUGGAACAGUUCAAAUAUACUGCUUUAAAUUGGAAGACGCUGGAGGCACUGGGAUGUGAUGCCCCUCUCUCUCCCAAUCAGAACCUGUUGUUACAACAGGAACAGAGGUGUUAGUUGCUCUUUAGAGUUGAUGUCUUAUAUUAAAUUGUAUACAGUUUUUAUUCUAACCACUGACUAGGUAGUAUGCCCCUUCAGAACAAGCAGAGUGUAUCGUUUUUUUAAAAAAUUCUCCUUCCAUUUAUUAAUCACGUAUUGUGCAGAUUGGUUCAACUUUGUAAAUAUGGACAUCACUUUUUUUUUUCUUUGAGAAAACACUUGUAUCAGCUUUGUGGUGUUUUCAGGGAGACAGCUGUCUGCACUCCCUGUAGAAACCCAGCAAUGAUUGUGCAUGUUGAGACAUGUGCUUUUUAUUUCUUAGCAGGAUGUUUUAUCUCUGUACAUAAAGUAGAAACCAAAAGCUAGGGAAACAGAUACUCUACACCAUCAUGCCACACUUAAUAUUUUUUUAAAGCAUUGUGCUUGGGAAAAAAAAGUUAACUAAAACCAAGAUGCUAUGAUUUUUUUUAAGUUGCAAUAUAUUUUUGGUUUUUAUUCAUCUUUUAAUCUUGCAGUUAAGAGAAAUGGAAAUUAGUUGUGUUAAUCUUGCAGAAUGUUUGCAGGACUAUCAAACUGGAUGACUUCCGUUUAUACCCCGCUGUGUCAGUUCAAGCAUCAAAAUACCUUGCAUCUGAGACAGACUUUCUACAUCAGGGACAGGUAUCUGUGUGUCAUUAUACAAAACAGUUCUAGGGGGUUGAACUACAUAGUAAAUAAAUAAAUAA